AAAGUCGCGUCCAAACAGGCCCUUAAGGUUGAAGUGAGGUGGUGAUUGAAACGAAACGCACAGGGCCAUCGGCGAUGGGAGACGACAGUGGCAGCAACCGGUCAAAGCCGGAGUGGCUGCAGCAGUAUGAUCUAAUAGGGAAGAUUGGAGAAGGCACCUACGGUCUCGUCUUCCUCGCUCGCAUCAAGUCUUCCACCAAUCGCGGAAAAUCCAUCGCCAUAAAAAAAUUCAAGCAAUCCAAGGAUGGCGAUGGUGUCUCUCCCACCGCCAUACGUGAAAUCAUGUUACUCAGGGAGAUAACGCACGAGAAUGUUGUGAAGCUUGUGAAUGUUCACAUUAAUCAUAUGGACAUGUCUCUCUAUCUGGCUUUUGAUUAUGCAGAACACGACCUUUUUGAAAUAAUAAGACAUCAUAGGGACAAAGUCAAUCAAUCCAUUAACCAGUAUACUGUUAAAUCGUUACUCUGGCAGUUGCUCAAUGGACUAAACUAUCUACACAGUAAUUGGAUAAUACAUCGGGACUUAAAGCCAUCAAAUAUAUUGGUUAUGGGUGAAGGGGAGGAACAUGGAGUUGUUAAAAUUGCUGACUUUGGACUUGCAAGGAUAUAUCAAGCACCUUUGAAGCCAUUAUCUGAAAAUGGGGUUGUUGUUACUAUUUGGUAUCGUGCUCCUGAGUUGCUUCUUGGAGCAAAACAUUAUACCAGUGCUGUUGAUAUGUGGGCUGUGGGAUGCAUUUUUGCUGAGUUGUUGACUUUAAAGCCGCUAUUCCAAGGUGCAGAAGUCAAAGCUACACCAAAUCCCUUUCAGCUUGACCAACUUGACAAGAUAUUCAAGGUUUUAGUGGACAUUGUUACUGUGCCAGGCCAUCCCACAUUAGAAAAGUGGCCUUCCUUAGCAAAUCUUCCCCAUUGGCAACAAGAUUCACAACAUAUACAAGGACACAAAUAUGACAAUGCUAGCCUCUGUAGUGUUUUACAACUAUCUCCAAAAAGUCCUGCAUAUGACCUCUUGUCAAAGAUGCUUGAAUAUGAUCCACGAAAGCGCAUAACAGCAGCCCAAGCUUUGGAGCAUGAGUAUUUCAAAAUUGAACCACUACCUGGGCGGAAUGCACUUGUACCCUGCCAACCUGGAGACACAUUUGUGAAUUAUCCCACACGUCCAGUGGAUACAACAACAGAUUUUGAAGGGACAGCCAACAUGCAACCUUCACAGCCGGUUUCGUCUGGAGCUGCAGUUUCUGGCAACAUGCCUGGUGGUCAUGUUUCGAAUAGAUCUGUCCCUCGGCCAAUGAAUGUUGGUGGCAUGCAGAGAAUACCUCAUCAGGCAAUGCAGGGUUAUAAUCUCUCAUCUCAGGCAGGGAUGGGUGCUGGAAUGAAUCCUGGUGGCAUCCCAAUGCAACGAGGUGUUCCACAGCAACAGUUGAGAAGAAAAGAUCAAAUGGGUAUGCCAGGAUACCCUCCACAGCAGAAGUCAAGACGUAUAUAAGGUUGUGCUGGUAGAGAUCAAGUGAAGAUAAAUUUGAGGUCAACUCUAGGGAACUUGAGCUCAUUCAGGACAAUUCAUGACCCCCCAAGUUCAGAUAGUUUGCUUCCGUUCUUGCGGACCUCACUAUUUUAUUGCAGUCAAAGGUUUCUUUCAUUUAGUAAAAAAAAAAAAAAAAGGAAACUGGAUGCUAUUAUUAUGAAGGAUACUGCUGGAACAGCAAUUGAGCCCUUGGAAGGGAAUGGGUGAGCUAUUGGAGCCUGGAGGCACAUGUAUAUAAUGCUUUAGUUGUACAAAUUUCUUGUAUUUACGCAGCUGUUAGCCAAGUUAAAAGGUUAGAUACCUUAGGGGUGUUCGCCAAAAUUGAACUUCUAGUGAGUAGUGACUAAACUAGUAUCAGUAUGUAACUAUGUUGUACUCAUUGUAGAAUAGUGCCUUAAAUAAUUGAAGGAAGUUAAACACCACUAGCAUGAAGUAUAUCAUAAUAUUUUUUCAUUUA